GAAGCGACAAUAUUUCGAUUUCCAGGGCCCUGCCCGGCCAAUUGUACGGUUCGCCUGAGCAGCAAUCCUUUUCUGGUCAGCUGACGCCGGUCUCGAUCAACGGGUCCAUCUCCUCUUUCAAGCGAGCCCCUCGCAUCCAGCGAUCUCAGUCCUCGCUCCCCAUCAUUGAAAGCUCCCCUCCUACCGAACUCGCUAAUCAGGCGCAGGCACCUCGAUUGGAGUCACGCCGCCGAGACACCGGUAAGUGCGACACAGGAGUAGGUAGACUUCAAGCCCCGGGCAGCCAACACGCACACCGCAAGUCCGCCACCCGCAGAUCCGGUGGCUCUUACACAAGCAAGGAAGACGAAGAGGACACUGUCCGAGGCGAAGGAUACGCAGAAGAGGAAGAGGAGGAAGGCAGCAAGCGCAGCACUCCCAGCAUCAUAAGCAGCAUGGCCGGGGGAGAAAAAGGCAGCAGUGGGGGAUGGAGGAAUCCCUUUAGUACGGGAAAGAAGAAGGCCGAAGAGGCCGCUUCUGGCGGAAAAUUACGGCACGAGACAAGCGCAGAUAGCCUCACAAUCAGAGGCCGAAGCAGCAAGAUUCGACCCGAAGAUGAGCGGGAGUGGGCAGCACAGCAGAUUGCGCAGCAGCAGCGAGCAGCAAACGAUGCAAGACUGGCCAGCCUCAUCCCUGCGUUGGAAUCGUCUAGCACGUCCAAGGCGCGCAUGUCGAAGCGAGAAGAGAUUCUCGCCGAUCGCAACAAGCUCAGCUCCUUUGGAGCCUAUGCCAAUGGUGCAGGCGCCGACCAGCACUACUCGCAGACUGCGGCCAAAUUCAGGAAUCUGGAAGACAAAGAUGAAGGCGAAGAGGCGUCGUGCCCGGUCUGCCUCGAGCUUCUCUCAUUUCGCCUGGCAGGCGAGAAGCCACAUGUGGUGCCCACCUGCGGCCAUUCUCUCCACCACGCAUGCUUCACUGCCGUUUACGGUCCACCUGAAAACGUCUUGGCAGCUCAGGAAAUGACGGCAAACGGCGGCGCAGGAAGCGGACGUCCGAUGGGUCCACCGGGCAUGUGUGGCAUUUGCCGGAAACCCAUCGUUCUGGGCGGCGAAAACGCAAGCGGCAAGCCAAACAAGGCAGCGGGUAUGAUGGGCGUCGGCGAGACCCCUGACCGUCGAAGCCCAAUCAAGGCCCGGCCUGAGCGCGACGAUCCGCUCGAGGCGAAGAGAAGGGAGCGAUCGCGAGAUCGCCUGACGCCGAGCAGCCCCAUGCCUUCGAUGGGAACCUAUCAGAAUGAGCACUCUACGUCGCACGAGGACCCGUCAUCUUCACCCUCGAGGCAUCUCGUCACGCCACAGAUUCGGAUGCGACCAGAGUAUGAAACGCUUUACCGCAAGGACCGGACGGGCGAGAAUGGUAAACAGAAUGCUGUUUGCGUCAUCUCUAUUGACGUGCCGCCCAGACGUCCGCAGCCAUCAACAGAACAGGAGGAGCUGUCAUGGUAUUCUCGCUUCGGUGCCAUCGCCUACGAGUCCUUGGAGCAAGAUCCUGGGCCGGAUCGCUCGCCGCAGCCUGAGUCAAAGGAGUAUCGAGACGACGAUGUUCAGCCAGAGACGCAAGAAGACCACCGACGAGGUCAAUCGCCGGAAGACGUUGGCGAGAGGAAACAGGAACAAUCUCGUCCUUCGGAACCAAGAAAUGCUGGUGACGACGAUGAUGAGGAAGAGGCCUUCAGCUUCAGCGCCACGCCUGCUCGCCCACAAGACGCCUUUGCGUCCGUGGUGCGAGACCUAUCAAUGCGCAUCCAAGACUGGAAAGGCCACACGGCCGACAAGUUCGGCCCGCUCCUCCUCUUCGACUACAUCGGUGUCCGACAGGAGCCCGUGGUGCGCGACUUCUACGUUUACCUCUUCAAGGAGGCACUGCUCUGUGUCGUUGAGGAUCGUAAAAACCAGAGAGGCAUCGCACGUCUCAUUGGCUCAGAGAAGGGGCCCUCGCACGGGCCGGGCGCCAAUGAACAUAGCGGUGGUGCGGGCUUUGGAAAUGCCGGCUCGAAUGAGAAAAAGACGGCCCUCAAGCUCAAAGGACGCAUCUGGAUCAGACAUAUCAAAGCCUGCCGGGAUGCACUGAGCAACCCAGAGGGACAGUACGGUCUCAGCAUCAAGCUUGACGACGAGAACUUGGACCACUUUGUUCUCUGCUUCAAGGACCCAGCGAUGCGCGAGAAGUGGCGAGCCAAGUUUCUCGAGCUACUCGAAGAUGUGCACAACAACGGCGCAAAGACGCCAGCGCCGAGCGCUAUCACGGAUGCGUCCAACGCCAGUAACGUGAAGCGAACCUGGACUGAGCUUGCUUCGCCGGCGAUGGCGCAGAGCGGAGACGAGGUUGAGGAUCCGAUCAAGAGUGCGGGAACAACGACAAUUGGACGGCGGGCCAGGCUUGGAUCCAACCACAGCGGCAAGACAGGCUCUACCGACAAGAUCAAUACUUCGCCUACCGUUGUGGACUAUUCGCCCCAGAUAAAUAAUGCCAAUGCCACAACUCCCGCGGCUCCGAACACCCCAUCCACACACUCAAGUGCCACCGCCGCCACGGCAAAUGGCGUGUCUGGUGCUGCUGUUUCUUCUGCUAUGGGGCGACCCUUCCGAAAGGUUCUGUCUGAGCCCGCACCCCAUCAGCAAUGGGCCUCUUCCGGAGGUCUAGAUCCUAAGCUGCCUCUGCCGGAGAUGCUGCCGCACGCACCCCUCGAUCUCGUCAUCAUGUUCUCCAUUCCCACGGUCGCAUCGAGCUCGUCCACGCCAAGCCUCUCUUCAACGACGCUCUCCUCGUCUGCAGCGCUCAAGCUUCGGCUGCUCAAAUCGACGCUCGAAUUUGUCAUUGCCAAUCUCGGACCUAGGGAUCGGCUGGCCCUUGUCGCCUAUCAAGUUGGGCCACAAGGCCCGGUCCGGCGCACAGGGAUGCUGAACUCAUCGAAAGAGCGCAGCCGAGAGAAGCUCGAAAAUUUUGUGGCUACCAUCGGCAAGACGUUCGACAGCGACGAAGAAGAUCCUUUCAGGGAGGAUCUUGAGAAGCUCGGAGGCAGCGGCGAUCGCACCGAUACGGUGACGGCCGUGAAUGUCGGCCUCGACAUUGUGCUGCAACGCAAGGGCAAGAACCCCGUCACUGGCAUGAUUCUGAUUAAUGAUACGGCCGAUCAGCCCAGACGUGGGCAAAUGGACCUCAUCAUGGCUCGAGCAGAGGCCGCUAACGUGCCCGUCCACUGUUUCGGCUUUGGAAAGGGGCACGACCCAUCGUCGCUGUGGCUCAUCUCCAAUCAUACCAAGGGCACCUACACGUUCGUCGAGCAAUGGUUCUGGCUGCGCGAGAGCAUUGCUGGGUGCGUAGGAUCGCUCAUGUCGGUGGCGGCGACAGACGCCAGGAUCCACAUCUCGGUGCCUGGCGACAACCACUUUAAGGUGCGCAAGGUGUCUGGUACCUCGGCUUCCAUCCUGGCCCAGUCCGGGAAAGACGUCGACGUGGAGCUGGGCGAGCUGCGCUUUGGCGAGUGCAAGGAGCUCUUUGUCGAGCUUGAGUUUGACUUCAAUGGCUUGGCGCCCAUGUCGAGUGUGCGCAGCAAGGCGGCGAGGAGCAGUCUUGCGUACAAAUCUUUGUACGAGCAGGGAAGCGCCACCGACGACUUCUUCCAACGCUUGGGUCUUCAGGGGUUGAGCUUGACCGACGGGGGAGGUGCAGGAGACCAAGUAGGCAGCUACCGCAAGGGCGAUCUCGCCGACGGUGGUCAACCGGAAAGCUUCAUUGAGGAGGUCGCUGUCCUCGAGGUUGACUGUGGCUACCGCGACCCUGCGCUUGGCACAACGGUCAAGAAGCUGUCGCACCCAAGCGUCCUCACCGUGGAGGUCGAUUCAGUAUCUCAGGACCCCAUCAACGAUUCCUCAAUCAACCCAACGGCCCUCGCCGAUCCAGUCGUCACACGCCGGCGCCUCGAGAUUCUGACUUCGGACAUGAUCACGCGCAGCCUCCUCCUCGUCUCCCGUAAACACUACUCGCAGGCCCUCACGAUUCUCGCUGAGACGAGACGCAUCGUCGACACCGUCCUUGAGGCGGUGCCCAUCCCCGUUGCGCCUCAGUCAUCCUCAGCGAUGGCAAACUCGACGUCGGCAAUGAGCCUACAAUAUCACAACGGAUCCACUUCGCUUCGUCGCCGUGAGAGCCAGACCCCCAGUGUGUCGAGCCAGAAGCAAAACCAGUACCACCAGGCGACAAAAAGCACGGCAAAAAAGCAGCGCGAGGCGCUGCAUCGCCGCACUGCCGAGUCGCUCUUUGCGAUCCUCGAAGAUCUCGAUGUGCUCAUCGACGGCCUCGAAGGGUCACGGUCCACAUUUGAAAGGUCGCAGCGCAACUUUGGCGCACAGCAGGCCAUGGCGCUGCGCGAUCAGAAGGCCUGGACAAGCAGGACUGACACGGAAUGGGCCUUUCACCGUCGCAUCGACAACGGUCCAGCCUUUGCUGCCAGAGGCGAUGCUUUUGCCGCUGGUCUGACUUAGACUCCGGCACACACCUUUGUUCCCUACUGCACCUAUUGC